AUGGUGUCGCAACCAAACGGUGAUCAGUACGGUGAUCAGUUGGCCACGGUUUUCCCCACAUGGCCACGGUUUUCCCAACCCGCCCACAACUGUAUCGAUGAGGUGGAAUUUACCGGUCGCAGUACAGAAAUGAGACACUUUGACAAUGCAACAGCAAGAGUGCAUGCUAUUCCAUGGACCAUGGAAUACACUGAUGAAUUGGAAGGCGUGUACGGUGACGGCGAAGAGACAAGCUACAAUGGUUAA